AUGGAGGAAACAUACCUGCUUAAACAUCCUGGAGUGAAGAAGAAGAUUAUGCAUGGAGGACGUGGCCCACUGCCUCACUUUCCAAGCGGGACUAAGCUGGUGUUUCAUUUCCAAACGCUGUUGGACGCCUUCGAAAGAACAGUGAUUGAUGACAGCCGGAAAAACAAGCAGCCGACCGAAAUAUUUGUGGGGAAAAUGUUUAAGAUGGAGGUGUGGGAGGUGCUGUUAACCUCCAUGAGGAUCGGUGAAGUGGCAGAGUUUUGGUGCGAUGCCAUCCACACAGGCCUCUAUCCUAUCGUAUCUAAAGGGAUGCGGCUGGCGGCACAGGGACGGGACCCGCUGGAAGGUCAGAAGCACACGUGUGGCAUGGGCAACGUCUUUCACUACCAUUCCACAGGCUUCCCUGAGCUCGACGAACUGAUGAGAGUGCCUCAGCCUCUAAUCUUCAUUAUGGAGCUAAUCUCGGUAGGUGAACCAUUCUCCUACCAUCCAGAGUCCUGGCUCAUGGGGAAGGAUGAGAAAAUGCAGCUUGUCCCCUCACUUCACCUUCAGGGCAACAGUUUGGUCCGGGAGAGACGUUACCGUGAGGCGUCAGAAAAGUACAAGGAGGCUGUGCUACUCCUACGCAUCGUCCAGUCAAGGGAGAUGCCAGGAGAUGAGGACUAUAUUAAACUGAGUAAACUCAUCAUUCCUCUGGUCCUCAAUUACUGCCAAUGCAUGCUAGAGCUGGAGGAAUACUAUGAGGUUAUAGAGCACACCACAGAACUGAUUGACAAGCACAAAGACUGUGUCAAGGCUUACUAUAAACGAGCUAAAGCUUAUGCGGCUGUCUGGAGUGAGAAGGAGGCCAAACGAGAUUUCCUCAUGGUGUCCAACCUGGACAUUACAUUGGCCAGGCUGGUCCAGAAAGAGUUACAGCUCCUCUCAGAAAGGAUGAAGGAGAAAUACUGGGAGGACAAGGAGAUGUACUGGAAGAAGCUUGACGAGAAAGAGAAAAACAAAGGUGAGGAAGAGGGGGAUAAAGAAAAAGAAGUAAUUCCAGACAGACAAGAGGAACUGAAGCAUCAGAAUGAGAACUUUCAGUGUCCUCAAAAGGAGGUCAAAGAAGAGCAGGCACAUAUGAGUGCUGAGGCAACAAGACAAAAUAGUCAAAUAAAAGAAUCAGCACCGGAGGCUGAUCUGACCAAGGGCAACGACAGACAGCAGAUGUUACGGCUCAUUAUGCUGCUCCAGGAUGAAGGGACUUUCUAUAUUAAAGAGAAGCGCUUCUCUGAAGCCAUGGAGAAAUUCAAGAAAGCUCUGGAGUAUGUGGACUAUCUUCAAAACCAGGAGGUGGACUAUAAAGGAGAGGACUGGGAGUCUCUGGAGAAGGUACGCCUGCCACUCACUUUGAACUUAAGCCAGUGCAAGCUUGAGCUUGGGGAAUACCAGGAGGUGGUCGCGGUUAACAGUAAACUAUUAAAAACUCAUGAAGACAACUUAAAAGCCAUCUAUCAGCGUGCUCGUGCCCACUCUGCCCUGUUCAAUGACAAAGAGGCACGGCGUGACUUUUCCAGAGCAGAGCGUCUUGACCCCGACCUCAAGCCCAUCAUCAAACAGGAGCUGAAGAAACUGUCAGAAAAUCUCCGGGCCAAGUAUGUACAUGAGAAAAAGAACUACUGGACCAUCAGCAGGGAGAAAUGGGAACAGGAAGUGAAGUCAAAGCAGUUCCAUAAAACGGAGGGAAAAUGUGCUGAAAAGAGCAAUGGUGGCAGAAAGAACAGGGAUAAAGGACAAGCAAUGAAGAUAAAAAGCUCUGACAAAGCAGACUUGUUUGAAAGCCAGGGUCAGAGCGCAGCGUCAGCCAUUGCACGGCACCCCUCGAGCUGA